AAACAGAAGGAACUGCAGGACAGGGUGAAAUACUGCAGUAUAGCGUGUAUUUCUCUCGAUUUAAAUCGAUCAUUUCUCAGGUUGACUACUCUGGUCUGGCAGCAUGGCGUCACGUCCGGUCACGGAGCGCCGAUUGGCACAUGAAUGGAUCAGGCUGAGCAGAUCCAGAGGAGGCAGAGGAGACCAUCCCCAUGAGCAGGGGUUUGUGAAACGAGUGAAAUCCGGAACCGAAACCAGGUGAAGUAAUACUGGCAGCACGCGCCCCCGACUCAUUCUGCUUCUUAGUGCUGUGGAGUUUGUUAAUGCUGUCAUCACAUCCAUAAACGGGAAGAGCUCCGGUGUGCUUUGACUUGCUGACGGACACAGCACUGAAUAUGGUUUCUCCAGCCUGAGGUUUCACUUUGUGUUUGUAAGAAAUGGCAUCAAACAGCAGGUUAGUGCUGCAGAGGGUGCUCAGAGGACUCAGAGCUCAUGCUGUUUGGUACCAGAGCUCAGCUUCAGCUUCGAGUCAAGGACGCCUGCUGUGGAGACCUCAACUCAGACAUGUGAGCUGCUCAUACGCGCUUCACCGGGCUUCUCCCACCACAGGUCCCAGCAGUCUGUCAUUCAGGAGUCACACCUGUGGAGAACUGCGAUCAGAUCAUGUGGGAAAGAAAGUCACGUUGUGUGGCUGGGUGCAGUAUAUCAGGCAGGACCUGUUUGUCAUCCUUCGAGAUUUCAGUGGCUUGACGCAAAUUCUUAUUCCUCAGGAUGAAUCUGCAAGUUCUUUGAAAGCCACGUUGUGCAAUCUGACGGCCGAGUCUGUCAUCAAGGUCACAGGAACAGUCAGGAGUCGACCAGCGGGACAAGAGAACAAGGAGAUGCCAACUGGAGAAAUUGAAGUCCUGGCUGAGAAUGUGGAGGUUUUUAAUCUGUGCCAGAAGCUUCCUUUUGAGAUAAAAGACUUUGUCAAAAAGUCAGAGUCAUUGCGAAUGCAGUAUCGCUACCUGGACCUGAGGUCGUCACAGAUGCAGAAGAACCUCAGACUGAGAUCCCAGCUGGUGAUGAAGAUGAGGGAGUAUCUCUGUAAUGUGCACGGCUUUGUGGAUGUUGAAACUCCUACACUCUUCAAAAGGACACCAGGGGGAGCCAAAGAGUUUGUGGUUCCAUCCAGAGAGCCAGGCCUGUUUUACUCUCUACCCCAGAGUCCGCAGCAGUUUAAACAGCUUCUCAUGGUGGCUGGUGUAGACAGGUACUUCCAGAUAGCUCGGUGCUACAGAGACGAAGGCUCCAAACCAGACCGGCAGCCUGAGUUCACCCAGGUGGACAUAGAGAUGUCUUUUGUGGAGCAGGCAGGUAUCAUGUCCCUGGUGGAGGGUUUGCUGCAGUACUCCUGGCCUGCAGAAUACGGUUCUCUUAAGGUUCCUUUCCAGACUCUGACAUAUGAAGAGGCUAUGAGGAACUAUGGUGUGGACAAACCCGACACCAGAUUCAGUAUGAAGCUGAUCGACCUCAGUGAAUUUUUCCAAUCCACGGACAUUGAAUUCCUGAGAUCAGCUCUUGCCCGGUCGGGAGGCUCCGUUCAGGCCGUCCGUGUCCCCGGUGGAGCAAAAACUUUCACGAGGAAAGAUUUAGAAGAACUGAAACAAACAGCCAAGACUCAGUUUGGACAGGAGCUGAGCUUGGUGCUGGUCAGCGCAGACGGGACAUUAAAGUCUAGCCUGAAGAAGCUGCUGUCCGCCUCCGCCACAGACGACCUGCUGAAGUGGACUGAGGCCAAACCAGGAGACCUGCUGCUGAUGGCGGCCGGCUCCCAGCACGCUGUUCGCCCGUUGCUGGGGCAUCUUCGCCUGGAGUGUGCUAAGCUGUUGGAGUCUCGUGGUGUUUCCCUGCGUGACCCCUCAGCCUUCCACUUCCUCUGGGUUGUGGACUUUCCCCUCUUCUUGCCCAAAGAUGAUCCAAAGGAGCUGGAAUCAGCUCAUCAUCCGUUUACUGCUCCAGUGCCAGAGGACACACAGUUACUCUACACGGAUCCACACAAGGCUCGUGGUCAGCACUAUGACCUGGUGUUGAAUGGCUGUGAGAUCGGAGGAGGCUCCGUUCGCAUCCACAAGGCCUCAGAGCAGCUUCACGUGCUGAAAAAUAUCCUCAAGGAGGAUCCCCGUCUCCUCUCCCACCUCCUAGAGGCCCUGGAUUCAGGAGCACCGCCUCAUGGAGGCAUCGCUCUGGGUUUGGAUCGAUUGGUCUCAAUUAUAGUCGGAGCUCCCAGCAUCCGCGAUGUCAUCGCCUUCCCCAAGUCAUUCCGCGGUCAUGACCUCAUGAGCCGCGCACCCGCCUCGGUGUCUGAGGAGGAGCUGAAGUGUUACCACAUCGCUGUUAAAUGGCCUACAGAACAAGGGGGAGGGGGGAAAGUGAACGAGGAGGAUGGAGCGGUGUAUUCCCAAAUCUCAUGAGGCUGAGGAGACGUGCAGACUACUCGCAGGCAGCGAAGAGACUUAAGACUGUAAGAUCUGUGCCAGCUGGCAGAGCCACAGAGACGAAGAGGUGGAGGAGGAGG